GUGCCUCGGUUCCCCGAGCCCGGCCCGCGGGGCGCUCGGGCCACCUUCCGGGCGCCCGGGCGCCCUCGGCCCUCACAGCCAGGCGGCGGCCGGGCCCCGCGGCGGCGGGCACCGAGUCCCGGGGCCGCGGCGGGGCGCGUGCGGGCCGAGCGCGCCCUCCGGGUCAGCCCCGGGCCACCGGCCGGCCCCCGCGCCGCAUCUGUAUGCGCCCCGCGGCCCGGCCCAGGCGCCGCCCCCGCCCCCGCCGCGCGGCCGGGCUGGCCGGGGAGGGUCGGCGCCGGGCGCUCCUCUCCCGCGCGCCUCCGCAGGCGGAGCCUCCUUCCCCCGCCCCCUCGUCUCGCUGCCUUGUUCUCGCCGGGGCCGCUCAGACCCGCAGCGGAGCCGCGGCGCCCGCUCAUCGGCUCGGGGCUGCGCCCCGGGACCCGGCGGCGGGGCGGGCGCGCCGCGGCACUGCCAGGUGUGGCUCCAUGGGGUAGCCUGGAUGCAUCGACCCCUCCGCCCCAGCCCGCUCAUGCCUCAGUGUCCGGGUGCAGUGAACAGAGCCCUGGCUGGAGCCCAACCAUGUGGGGCCUGGUGAGGCUCCUGCUGGCCUGGCUGGGUGGCUGGGGCUGCAUGGGGCGCCUGGCAGCCCCUGCCCGGGCCUGGGCAGGGUCCAGGGGUGCCCCGGGACCAGCACUGCUGCGGACCCGACGGAGCUGGGUGUGGAACCAGUUCUUCGUCAUUGAGGAGUACGCUGGCCCAGAGCCUGUCCUCAUUGGCAAGCUGCACUCCGACGUGGACCGGGGUGAGGGCCGCACCAAGUACCUGCUGACCGGCGAAGGGGCGGGCACUGUGUUUGUAAUCGAUGAGGCCACGGGCAACAUCCAUGUCACUAAGAGCCUGGACCGGGAGGAGAAGGCCCAGUACGUGCUUCUGGCUCAGGCCGUGGACAGAGCCUCCAACCGGCCCCUGGAACCCCCCUCAGAGUUCAUCAUCAAGGUGCAGGACAUCAACGACAACCCACCCAUCUUCCCUCUGGGGCCCUACCACGCCACCGUGCCCGAGAUGUCCAAUGUGGGGACAUCAGUGAUCCAGGUGACCGCUCAUGACGCCGAUGACCCCAGCUAUGGGAACAGUGCCAAGCUUGUGUACACGGUGCUAGACGGGCUCCCUUUCUUCUCAGUGGACCCCCAGACGGGAGUGGUGCGAACGGCCAUCCCCAACAUGGACCGCGAGACGCAGGAGGAGUUCUUGGUGGUGAUCCAGGCCAAGGACAUGGGCGGCCACAUGGGGGGGCUGUCGGGCAGCACUACAGUGACCGUCACCCUCAGCGAUGUCAACGACAACCCCCCCAAGUUCCCUCAGAGCCUCUACCAGUUCUCCGUGGUGGAGACGGCUGGGCCGGGCACCCUGGUGGGCCGGCUGCGGGCGCAGGACCCGGACCUGGGGGACAACGCCCUCAUGGCCUACAGCAUCCUGGACGGGGAGGGCUCGGAGGCAUUCAGCAUCAGCGCCGACGCUCAGGGCCGGGACGGGCUCCUCACGGUCCGUAAGCCCCUAGACUUCGAGAGCCGCCGCUCCUACUCCUUCCGCGUGGAGGCCACCAACACGCUCAUUGACCCGGCCUACUUGCGGCGAGGGCCCUUCAAGGACGUGGCCUCGGUGCGUGUGGCCGUGCAGGACGCGCCCGAGCCACCUGCCUUCACCCAGGCUGCCUACCACCUGGCAGUGCCCGAGAACCAGGCUCCCGGGACCCUGGUGGGCCAGGUCUCGGCCGCCGACCUGGACUCCCCGGCCAGCCCCAUCAGGUACUCCAUCCUCCCCCACUCGGACCCAGAGCGCUGCUUCUCCAUCGAGCCUGACGACGGCAGCAUCCGCACCGCGGUGCCAUUGGACCGAGAGACACGCGUCUGGCACAACCUCACAGUGCUGGCCACGGAGCUCGACAGCUCCGCGCAAGCGUCCCACGUGCAAGUGACCAUCCAGACCCUGGACGAGAAUGACAAUGCCCCCCAGCUGGCUGAGCCCUAUGAUACCUUCGUGUGUGACUCUGCAGCCCCCGGCCAGCUCAUCCAAGUCAUCCGGGCUGUGGACAGAGACGAAGCUGGCAACAGCAGUCGAGUGUCCCUGCAGGGGCCCGUGGGGCCUGACGCCAACUUCACUGUCCGGGACAACAGAGACGGCUCCGCCAGCCUGCUGCUGCCCCCCCGCCCUGCGCCCCCCCGCCAGGCCCCCUACCUGGUCCCCGUGGAGCUGUGGGACUGGGGGCAGCCCGCCCUGAGCAGCACGGCCACCGUGACCGUCAGUGUCUGCCGCUGCCGGCCUGAUGGUUCCGUGGCCUCCUGCCGGCCCGAGGCUCAGCUCUCACCUGCUGGGCUCAGCACUGGGGCCCUGCUGGCCAUUGUCACCUGCAUAGGCACCCUGCUCGCGCUCGUGGUGCUCUUCGUGGCGCUGCGGCGGCAGAAGCAGGAGGCGCUGAUGGUGCUGGAGGAGGAGGACGUGCGCGAGAACAUCAUCACCUACGACGACGAGGGUGGCGGCGAGGAGGACACGGAGGCCUUCGACAUCAGCGCCCUGCAGAACCCCGACGGCGCGGCCCCGGGCCCCGGGCCGCCGCCCGCGCGCCGCGACGUGCUGCCCCGCGCGCGCGCCCCGCGCCAGCCGCGGCCGCCGGGACCCGCCGACGUGGCGCAGCUGCUGGCGCUGCGGCUGCGCGAGGCCGACGAGGACCCCAGCGUGCCGCCCUACGACUCGGUGCAGGUGUACGGCUACGAGGGCCGCGGCUCCUCCUGCGGCUCGCUCAGCUCCCUGGGCUCGGGCAGCGAGGCCGGCGGCGCGCCCGGCCCCGCGGAGCCGCUCGACGACUGGGGGCCCCUCUUCCGCACCCUGGCCGAGCUCUACGGGGCCAAGGAGCCCCCGGCGCCCUGAGAGCCGCCGCCGCACACGCCCCCGCGGAGGGAGGGCGCCCCGGCCGGCCCGGGCAGGGGCCAGCAGCUCGGCCCCCCACCCCGGCUCCUCCCAGCCCCUCCCCGCGUGUCCAUCCACAGCUGCUCCAGGGCAGCCGCCUGGGUCCUCCCUCUCCCGUGUCCUCUUCCUGCGUCCCCUGCGUCUCUCCAGGGACCCUCUGUGCGUGCGUGCGUGUGUGCGUGUGUGUGUGUGUCUGUCUGUCUGUCUGUCUGUCCCCCUCUUCCUGCGUGGCUCCGGCUCCGAAUCUCUGUCCUGGCACUGUGACUCCACUUUCUCCGUGACUCUGUCCUGUCUGUCUGUCCUCAGCCCACAUCCACCCCCAUUCUCGCGGGGUCCCUGGGACUAGCUUUUGGAUUUUUCUGUUGUCCAUCCCCAAAGCAAGGAAAUCUUCCAGCCACUGCUGCCCACCCUCCUGCAGGGGACGUUCUCCCCCAGACCUGCCCGCAUGGUCCCAUCUGUCACUCAUGGUCUCAUCCUGGCUCCGCCGGCCUCCAGCACAGAGAGGGAGCCCGCCCACCACCCAGGGCCCACCUCCAGCCCCCAGCUGCCUCUCUGGGGCUGGGUACCCGGAGAGCUCUCCAGGCAUUGUUCUGUGUGUGCUUCCCAGGCCCCUGGAGGGGAGGGGAGGGGCAGAAAGGGGGAGGCAGCAGCG